AUGGCGGACGUCGGCUUCACGUUGAAUGAUCUCUUUGAGUUCUUCGCACUGAAAGGAGGCAAGGUGGUGUACAGCGAGAUUGUCACCAACUUCAAGAGUGCACUCUCCAACCCGGAAACACUAGCCGAAGCGAGAAACCAAUUCAAAGAUCAUGUGAACACACUGGCGACGGUGACGAAUGAAAAUGGAACAAAGUACCUGGUACUUCGACCAAAAUUCAUGAAGAAGCUGGCCACACUAGCCGAUGAGAGCUUCCACAACAACCACGCUUCUUCACGGACAACUAAUAUGAUUCCAAUUGUGCCAAACUCAUCAGCAAAUGCAGUUAGCAAUGUUCCACAGAAGCAGCCACCACCUCCGCCAUCACAACCAUCACAACCAGUCCUCCCACCACAAGCUCAGUACCCGCAGUAUUCACUCCCUCAAGCUCAUUCUCAACCUCAGUAUCAUCAUCAUCACCAUUCCAAUGGCAGCAAUGGUGCCAACCACUUUGAGGCAUCAGCAGCAGCAGCUCAAAUG